GAAGGAGGAGUGGGGGAUUAAGAAUUCGAGGUCACCAGCUCGCCAGCAGAAGGAAUCACAUCAAAGUAAACUGGUUCUCUCCAUGCAAUAAUGGAAAUCAAAAUCGGCCCAUUUGGAAAUGGCCAGUUCCUGACCUAUGUAACUUUAGCCCUUUUCUUAAUAGUCAUCCCCCUUUCAGAAGGGAUCAUCAAGAGAUGUUACUCGUGCAUGUCGAGGGGCGAGCAGGGCAACUGCAAGGACCCCUUCCCCGCCAAUGGCACCGCAAAGCCCAUUAACGGAGAGGAACCCCAGCUGCUCAGGGGAGUGGAGACCAUCCCGUGCGCCUCGGGCUGGUGCAUAAAAAGAAUGGAGGGCGGAAGCACCUUCAAGGAGGACGAUUACGGAGUUGCAACGCGGAGACUGUGUCUGCAAAGACAGCCCUCGGAUGGUGAGGAGCGGUGCGCAACCAUCACGCAGGGGGGCAAGAAAAUAUUCGCCUGCUUCUGCAAGGGCGACCUCUGCAAUUCGGCUCCAUUCACGUGGGCGCCCAGUGCUGUCGUGACUUUUGUGUUAGUGAUUUGCGCAAGACUGCUUCAGUGAUCUGGAACUUAAUUUAUAUGAACCAUUUGUAAGGUAUUUCACAUGAAAACAUUCUUAAGAGGAACGUAUUAAUGCCAAACUAGUUUAAGCUAAAAGUUUGGAACAAACAAAAUGAAUAAAUUUUACCCAAAUUUUUUCCAAGAAAAAAACUACCGAAAGUAGGAAAUUGUUAACAUCCUUCAGCCGCCUUUGACUUAUUUUAUUUUUAAAUUUAUAUUUUUACCUGGCUGUAAUCAUAUUGUUUGUGCAGUUGUUGGUGUAUAUGUGUCUUAGAAACUAAAUACAAUUAGAUAAUAAUCUCA